UUUAAGGCUCAUCAUGAUUACACACUGAACCAACAUCUGACAGAGUGUAGGUCCACUGCAGUCAUCUAGAGACUAAAGCGUUAAGUUUUAAUGAUGAAAACCAAUGAUCUAUCGAUCCGAACUUUUAUCUGUCUAUAUAUCAUAAUCAUCCUCAUUACAAGGCAGUCUCUGUGCUUUAAGCUUUUGGGGAGAGAUUCCAAGACGCAUCAGGACAUAACUCGUGAUGCAAUUUUGCAGACAACAGCCGAUAUCUGCAGAUCACGAGCACUCAGGGAGGGAAAAGAUUUUUUACUGCCACCCUCACUGACAGUAGAGUCAGUGGCAGCAGCUUGUUCCUCUUCUGAUUCAGCCAAAAAUUUUAAAAACAGCAUUGAUAAGAUAAUUACACACAAUGCCUUGGUUGAUGUUCGGCAUGCUUUUACUGGAAGUUACCAUUUUGACGACGAGGAGUUUUUAUCUGGACGGGAUCUUAUUACUGAAGGAAUUUCUGCUGUCAAAUACAGUGUCUAUCAACAGAGCUAUGAAGCUGCCAGAGAGACGCUUGGUAAAAUCCUACACACUUUGCAGGAUUUCUACAGUCACAGUAACUGGAUUGAACUGGGAAAGAGACAACCUUAUUCCAACCUGAUUAAACCAGACACCUUAAUUAAGAACAUAGCAGAUUCAGAAACCUGCAGGCCAUGUAAUAGCAACAUCUGCAUAGGAAACAUUCUGGAGCAGGUCAUUGCACAGCAGAAACUAACAUCAGGGUACUUUGGAUUGUUCAAACCAAAAGGAAAGUGCAGUCAUGGAGGAUCACUUGAUCCAACAAGUCUGGGCCAAGGUGGUAUAAAUAAGGACGCUUUCGACUCCAGCCACGGUUAUCUACAUGGAGCAGCAGCAUUAGUAGCCACUGCUGCUACCAACGAACUGCUGCAGGACAUUAGAGCAGCAGUUGGAGAUUCUGAGUUUCUUAGACUGAUGGGACUCAGCCAGACAUCAGUGCUGUGUUUUGUUAUUGACACCACUGGCAGCAUGUCUGAUGACAUUGCAGAGGUCAGAAGAGUUACUUCAGCCAUCACUGACAGUAAGACAGGCACUUCAGAAUACAUCCUGGUGCCAUUUAAUGACCCUGAUUAUGGCCCACUUAUAAGAACAACUGAUCCUAAUGUCUUUAAACAACAACUCAAUGCACUUACAGCUAAUGGUGGAGGAGAUGCUCCUGAAAUGUCUCUCUCAGGACUCCAGCUCGCCCUCACUGGGUCUCCACCAGAAACUGAGAUUUUUCUUUUCACCGAUGCUGAUGCAAAAGAUAAAAUGUUGAUAAGCACUGUAAAAACACUGAUUGAGAUAACAAAGUCUAAAGUGACUUUCAUGCUCACAAAUGGCUUUAGUCUUCGGCGUCGCAGAAGGCGUGCUCUCUCGACUACACUAAACCAGGUCUACCAGGACCUGGCUCAGGCCUCUGGGGGCCAGGCUAUUGAAGUCACCAAAGGAACCCUGGCCCAGGCUACUGGCAUUAUUGCAGUUACCACCAGGUCUACACUGGUCACUCUUUUCCAGGCUGUAAGAAACCCAGCAAAAGCUGAAAUCUUCUCAGUCUCUUUGGAUUCUUCUGUGCAAAACCUAACAAUUUACAUCACAGGCAACUCUCCAGAUUACACCAUCACUAGUCCCUUAGGAGUCUCACAAAGCAGUGCUGAAUUGAAUGGGACAUUGGGGCUUAUUCAGAGAGUUGGUAACUUCCACACAGUGCAACCAAAUAUUGCAGAGCAGACUGGACUGUGGAUCUUCAGGAUUAACUCAACACAGCCCUACACCAUCAGAGUUGUUGGUCAAAGUGAGGUUGACUUCCUGUUUGACUUUGUAGAACUUUCCCAAGGGCUUCAUCCAAGCUAUGCUCGGUUAAACAGCAGGCCUGCGGCAAACACCAAUAUCACGUUGAUGGUAUCCAUGGUCGGCGGGGACAGUGUGAGGCCUACAGAGGUGUCUCUGGUCGAAGCAUCAAGUUCAAACUCUUUAAAUGGGACACUAGAAGAGGUAGCUAGUGGGCAGUACUUAGUGACCUUCAACAGCAUCCCAGCAGGAGAGUUUACUGUUCGUGUAGUUGGACAGAUCAGUUCCACUAGAUCUUCAGAUAACACCUUUCAGAGACAGUCACCAACUCAAUUCCAAACAUCAAGUGUGACCAUUACUACUGAAUUUGUUGGAACAAUUGAACCAGGAAAACAAGUCACUCUGCCUUUCACAGUGGCAACCAACGGCUCUGGAGGGAGCUUUAGUAUCAGUGUCAGCAAUGAUCGCACUUUUGACACUCGCUUUAACCCAUCCAUAACUCUCGAGAGUGGGGGCAGUGCGAACGAUACAGUAACUCUGACUGUUCCUGAAAAUACUUCCUCGGGAACUGAUGUCACUGUGACGAUCCAGGCUGAGGCACCCGAUGGAAGCGACUCCAAUUUCUCUGUGCUGCGUCUUGCUGUUAUUGCUCCGGUAAGAGAUUUUACUCCUCCAGUAUGUGAGGCAGUUAGCAUAAACACUAACUGUUCAGGCAACUGCAGCCUCUCCACAUGGUACCUCACUGCCAACGUGACUGAUGGAAAUGGAUCAGGCAUUCAGAGUGUGAGAGUCCUCCAGGGAAAUGGCAACCUCAACACCACCACUGUGCUCAGUGACACGGGCGUGAAUGUCACUAUGGUCGUCUACGACUCCUCUUGCUGUUCCUCAGACCUGGAACUGGUUGCUGUGGAUGCAGUGGGAAAUGUUGCCACCUGCUUCAAAUCUGUAAGAGCUGCAGAACCAAGCACCAGUACUGCACCCCCUGUAACAACCACCAACACCACCACUAUCAACACUAAUACAACUACAACAUCUCGUCCCACCAGCACUAAUGGUGUAGAAUGCUGUUUGUUUCUGCCUCUCUCCCUUUGGUUAAAUGUAGGAGUCUCACUUUACCAAUUCAUACAGCUCUAGGAAAAACCUAAGUUGAUCUGAAUUUGAAUCAGAAUGACAUAUUUAGUCCUACAGAAUACCUGUUAAGAAGUAGCAGAUGUACUAAUGAAAUACAUACUAAUCAAUCUUUGAUCAACUUUAUUUUUUUUUUUAU